AUGGAAUAUUAUACAGAAAUAUCCAAUGAGUUAAAAAAUAAAUAUAAUCAACAUUAUAAUCUUUAUUAGGUACAAUAAUUAAAUAAUAAUAGAAAUAAUAAUUGGAACGUAAAAUUCUUUGUUAUAAGAAUAAUAAUGAAGAUCCAUUAAAAUAUCAAUAAUGCAUAGAUGAUUUAAAUACAAGAAUGAAUAUGAAUUCAACAACACUUAGAAAUAGGUACAAUCAAAUUGAAAUUGAUGAUAAAGAUUGUCAAAGUAAAUGCUAUGAAGAUAACAAAUGUUUUAAAGCAUGUGAAGAUUAAUCAAGAAAAAAAGCAAAUUAAUUAUAAGAAUAAUUUUAUAAAUUAAUGUUAUAAGAAAAUCCAGAAUACAAAAAAAUUAAAUGA